AUGUGGGCUGUUGCACUAUGUGUUGUUAUAGCUUUAGUGGUCGGCAAGAUCAGUUUCUGGCUCUAUAGAUGGGCUAACCCUAACUUCUCCAGCAAGAUACCUCCGGGCUCAAUGGGGUUUCCGGUGAUCGGAGAAACCAUUGAGUUCUUCAAACCCUACAAUUUCGACGAAAUCCCUCCAUUUGUCAAGAAAAGAAUGUCAAAGCACGGUUCUUUGUUCCGGACGAAUAUCCUCGGAUCUAAGACGAUUGUUUCGACAGAUCCUGAAGUGAACUUUGAGAUUUUCAAACAAGAGAACAAGUGUUUCAUCAUUAGCUAUCCAGAAGCUCUUGUUAGGAUCUUUGGGAAAGAUAACUUGUUCUUCAAGCAAGGCAAGGACUCCCACAUGUACAUGAGACAGAUCGCUCUGCAACUUCUCGGUCCCGAGUGUUUAAAGCAGAGAUUUAUACACAAAAUCGAUCUAGCGACACGCGAGCAUCUCAAAUCUGAAUCUUCCCAAGGCAUCUUAGACGUCAAAGAUACCAUUGGAAGAUUGAUAAUGGAACAAAUGAUCCAGAGGAUCAUAAGUGACAUCAAACCUGAGGAUAAGAGAAAACUUAUAGAAAACUUUAGAGAUUUUAGCUUUGAUUUGGUUAGGUCUCCUUUUGAUCCUUCUUUUUGGAAGUCUCUUUACAUUGGUCUUAUGGCACGUAGAAAUGCGAUGAAGAUGAUAAAUGGAAUGUUUGAAGAGAGGAGAGAAAGAGCAACAUCGAACGAGUUAAAAUAUGGAGACUUCAUGGAGAUAAUGAUAGAUGAGGUUGAGAAAGAAGGCGAUACGGUUAACGAGGAAAGAUCCGUAGAGCUAAUAUUAAGUUUACUGAUUGCUUCUUAUGAAACUACUUCAACUAUGACUGCAAUAACUGUGAAAUUCAUAGCUGAAAACCCCAAAGUGCUUAUGGAGUUGAAGCGAGAGCAUGAGACCAUUCUCCAAAACAGAGGAAAUAAAGAUUUUGGAGUUACUUGGAAAGAAUACAGAUCCAUGAUGAGUUUUACUCAUAUGGUUAUCAACGAGUCUCUUCGUCUAGGAAGUUUGUCACCAGCUAUGUUUAGAAAGGCGGUGAGUGACGUAGAGAUCAAAGGCAAGUAUGAUUCUCUCUUUUGCACCAUAUACUACAAGCUUGUUAACCAAAUGAUCCAUUUCGAAAACCCAUGCGAGUUUAAUCCAUGGAGAUGGGAAGGGAAAGAAUUGAUUUCGGGUUCUAAAACGUUUAUGGCAUUUGGAGGUGGUGCAAGACUCUGCGCAGGAGCAGAGUUUGCUAGGCUUCAAAUUGCUAUCUUUAUUCAUCAUCUAGUCACAAAGUAUGACUUCUCUUUGAUUGGAAAACCUGAUAUUACUCGAGCACCACUACUUCGAUUCUCCAAGCCGAUUCGCCUAAGUAUAUCACCGAGUGAUGGGAAUCCCUAA